ACAGAACCCAUUGUGGUGUUGGAGAGGAGUGAGCAGCUGCCUGAGAGAACAAGAAAAGAGGCAAUACCCCGACCGCAGACGGGACUCGCAACACGCGGACAGAUAUGGACGUUAAUUCACCGCACGGACGUUGUUAUCCUUUGUGAAGAGGACUCCGUCGUCCAGUCGGAAUCAUCCGGUAUACGAAGAGUUAAGGACUCGACAGCUCAACUGUUUAUUUCAGCGGCUAGCAGGCUAGCUGGCUAGAUACCUAAGAGCUAGAAAUUGGAAGCCCGUUUGAGUGUGCUUGAUAGAGAUCUUCGUCGAGCUUUGAAGAAGCUGCUUUCGGCUGAGAUACAAUCGCCGGUGUUUUAAAGUCCCCUCUCGUCCGCCUCGACUGCUGGCCCAAGUUUACAUACAAACUGCAGAGAGAACAUGAUGCACUGGCUACUGCCAAAGUCUGGCACAGUGCAGCUGUGCCAACCUCGCCCCUGUCUGCCGCUUUAGAAGGUUCCCCUUUGCACCAUGACGGAGAGGCAUUGAGGUUAGCUCCCUGACGAUCAUCUCAAUACCUCUCCUCCUCCUCCUCCCCUGUCCCUCAACACCCCACUCCUGACCCAUCCACAUCAUGCUGCGCUUCCUGCCUCUCAAACUUGGCCGCCUGUACCGCUGUCUAAAGCUCCUGUUGGUGGUGGGAUUGUUUGUCAUCUUGUUGAUGAACACCCACAACCUGUUCGCGUCCUUCCAGAAGAAUGAGCUCACGGACAGACGAUUCAUCAACCUCAACAAGUGUCCCGCCUGCUUUGGCACCAGCUGGUGCCGCAAGUUCAUGAACGGCCAGGUUUCCUUCGAGACCUGGGGUCGCCUGCGGUUUCUAGACGUUUUCAAUGUCAAGAAUGUUUACUUCGCGCAGUACGGAGAGCCCAGGGAGGGCACUCGCCGCGUGGUGCUCAAACGGCUCGGCUCCAACCAGGAGCUGGCCGAGAUAGACCAGAAAAUCUGCAAGAGGGCCACAGGCAGGCCACGAUGUGACCUCAUCCAGGCAAUGUACAAGACUGAAUUUGCCCGAAUCAACGGCGAUGUUCGACUGCUCACUCCAGAUGUGGUAGAGGGCUGGUCAGACUUGGUGCACUGCCCCUCUCAAAGACUGCUGGACCGUGUGGUCCGCAGGUACGCCGAAACCAAGGACUCUGGCAGCUUCCUGCUAAAGAACCUCAAGGACACAGAAAGAAUGCAGCUGCUCAUGACGCUGGCAUUUAACCCGGAACCACUCGUAUUACAGAGCUUUCCGUCAGAUGAAGGGUGGCCAUUCGCCAAGUACCUGGGAGCAUGUGGGCGCGUGGUAGCUGUCAACUACGUAGGUGAGGAUCUGUGGAGCUUCUACAAUGCGCCGUGGGAGAAGAGGGUAGACUUGGCACGCCAGCUGAUGGACAUUGCCGAGCAGCUCACCAACAAUGACUUUGAGUUCGCCCUCUACCUGCUCGAUGUCAGCUUUGACAACUUUGCGGUCGGCCCACGUGACGGAAAGGUCAUCAUUGUCGACGCCGAGAACGUUCUUGUGGCCGACAAAAGGCUCAUCAAGCAGAAUAAGCCGGAAAACUACGACGUGUGGUACGAGAGCCGGUUUGAGGAAUGCGACAGGGAGGCCUGUCUGUCUUUCUCCAAGGACUCUCUUUGUUCCAGGGUCACUGUGGACCACAACUACUAUGCCAUAUGUCAAAACCUGCUGUCACGGUAUGCUACAUGGCGGGGCACCACUGGAGGUCUCCUCCACGACCCGCCUGCCCACAUAGCCAAAGAUGGACAACUCAAGGCUCUGUUGGACGAGUGCACCAAACCCAAAAAACGUUGGGGCCGCUUUCAGGCAGCAAAGGAACUGCGCGAAUACCUCACACAGCUAGCUGCCGCUUCCUCCUCUGCCAUGGCCAGGUAAUGAAUGGAGUCGGCGUUAGCCUGACGCAACGAGAGACUGAAUUCUGUACUUUUUAUCUCUGGACUCUUGAGAUCCUGGUUCUUGUUCAUGAUGUCAUUUGUUCUCCUUUAUGCUCUGGAGCUGGAAGGUGUUAGCUCUUGCAUCAGGAAGGGUAAGAAUCAAACUUCAAAGCUGAUUUCUCAAAGCUGUAGCUUUUACCUUACUUUGCUCCUGUGUAAAAGAGGAAUGUGGCGCUAUAAAAUUCUGGUUAGAACCAGGAUGGAGAGGGAAUCGAGGUAAAUUCUCCCCUCCCAGAGUGGGCUGCCAUCUCUGGGGGAUGGGAAGAUGAGAAAGGGCUCUGGUAAAUGCAUCCUUCACUGGACACAGGCUUACACAAACCAGAGCGUCCAAGCAGCCGCAGCAACAUUACAUAGCCCUGACCACGUCCAUCCUCCUGCCAUUCCUCAGUCCAUCCGAACUGUUGUGUUUGAUCGUAACACUUAUUUCUCUUGUUUAAAUUUGCUGUUCUUUUCAAAGCUGAAUCCAAGUUUAAGUUUGUCUUUUAUUUUUUCCUUCCUUUUUUGCUGUGCCAUGGCUUUGCCCCCCCCUGUAGCGUUGCUGCAGAGAAGGUGGAAGUAGCAUGAAUCUGCCGUCUGGCAGCAGAAAAGGCCAGGCUGCAUCAAGUUUAGAGGAUAAACAGGAAGUUUGGAGUUUUCGUUUUCACGCAAGACGAAAGGAAAACCCUUGAUGUCUGUCGAAGUAUAAUUUCCUGCUAUUCCAAACAAUCACUUGAUCUCCAGGUUAUAGAAUUGAUGCACUCAUCCUGGACUGUUUUUUAUUUUUUUUUUCCCCCCCCUGUCUUUCCCUUUUAAUGGGACCAGUGAGAGCUUGAGACAGCUGUUUUUAGGAAAAAGAAGAUACAAAUUGGACAUUGGUGGGUCUCUUGAUGCAGAUUUGCCUAUACCAAAGAGGCUAGUUGUAAUAUUAGGAAUUCUGAGCAGUACAGAGUUAUAUUUUUGGUUCCCCACCAGAGCUGUCCAGAAAAACUUUAAUGUGUACACACAUCUUAUGUGAGCUGGCAGGCCUGCAUACUGAUUCUCCUCUACUAAGAACCAAAAGUCUAGGCAGAUCUAAGGCAUAAAUUAGCCAUAUUAAAUGUCACAAAACCCCCUCUGCUUUGUUAGCCUCUUGAUAGGAUAAAUCUUUUUUUUUUUUUUCCAAACUUGAUAAAAGUGAAUAGUGGUGGCCUCUUCUUUCAGAUUCUGUCUUUAACAAUAAUAAAUAAAAAAAAAAAAUCUGUAAUUAUAAAUGAAUUCUUCUGUGCUAUGCUCCCACUAAUGUUGAGUUCAGUAAGCUCCAUCAAGCCAACAGUAUAAAAAGCAAUGAAGAUAACCAAAUUACUUCCUUGCUCCAGAAAUGGCUUCUGACCUGCACUUUUUGAAUCCCAGAAAUGUCUGCUGAAUAUUUAAACACUCGGCACCACUUAGAGGUUGGGUUGAUUUUACACUUGGUGGGCCAACAAAUUAAAGCGUAAUCACAAAUGUAGGCUCAGCUGGUAAUGCAUUGUGAGAGAUCUUACUUUAAAAAAAAUCAAAUAAACCCAUCUCUGGCUCCAUAUGUUUUCUAUGUCAACUGUUUUGAUGUUGUGAAUCAGAUGCCCAGUGGAGUGUUGUGUAGCACAGUCAACAGACAGGCGAAUAAUCAAAAGUGAGCCACUCCACCUGUGGGGAAAGGAGAAAGCACAGCAGUUUUUGUUUGGUUUUUUUUUUUUGUUUGUUUGUUUUUGAUUUGUUUGUUUAUUUUUUGGCCUUCUCUGAGACCUGGAGAGCUGAUGUGACCUUUUGCCAGUUUGGAAAAGCAAUAAAGACAAGUUUGGCUAAUGGAUUUUUGUUUCUGAACCCCCUUCUCCUUUGUUGUGUCAGCUGUAUUUCCGUUUCCCCGAGUCUGGAGGAUGGUCAACUUGGAAGGAUUUGUUCAUGCGUAACUAACUGUCCUCUUUUUGUACUGUAAUAUUUUUUUUUCUUUUGAGUAUUAUAUCAGCAUUGUCUGAUUUUUCCUGUGCCUUUCAUUCAAAAGUUGUAUUUACAACUUUUAGUGGGUUUAAAUAUUAAAAUAAAUGAAGAUCUAUAUAUAGAUAUAUACACACUUA